AUGAUUCUAUUACAAGAACAUAUUAAUGAACUGCAAAUGAAAGUAAAUAUUCUUCAAGAAGCAAAUAAAAAUUUUGCUUUAUUUCUAAAACAUUUUCAUAAAAUGACACAAAAUAAAUCUCAAUUAGAAGAUUUAUUAAAUAAACAUGAGAAAUAUCAAAAGCGACCACAUGAUCAAAACGAAUCAAUUAAAUAUCAACAACAAUUUUAUAAUAUUUAUCAACGAAGUUAUAUUCAUUUGCGUACAAUUGAACAACAACGUCUUCUUGCUAUUCGUGAACAAAUGCGAUUUGCUAUGAAUUUAACAAUGGCUACAACAGAUGAUCAUAAUUUAUUUAGUUCGAAUAAUUUCGAUGAUUUACUCAAUACUUGGGAUCAACAACAUAUCAUUUCCAUAGAUCAUUGGUCCCAUUUUCCUCGUCGAUCGAAUAUAUCUCAACAUGAAAUAUCAUUGCUUUUACUCGAUGAAAUUAAACAAAUUACUGAUGAAUAUUAUAAUCACCGACAAAAUAUUAUUCAGAAUAAAAAUCCAACAUUAACUCGAAUAACUAAUCAAUUAAAAUUAAUCGAUAAUUCAAAUGAUGCAUUUGUCAAAUGUAUAGAUUCGAAUACAUCGAAUUUAACACAAAGUUAUAUUUGA